AGGCGGCGGCGGCGGCGGCGGGGUCCUUAAAGGGGCAGCGCUGCGCGGGCGUUCAGGGGGAGGUGGUGGUAGCGGCAGCUGCAGUGUUCAGCACCUGCCUCGGCAGCGAGGCGCCCCCCGCCCUGCGUGAGCGUAGGCGGGAGAGGUGCGGAGGCCUCGUGGCGUCCGUCGGGCCCUUGACACCCAGGCCUCGCGGGGGUUUCUGUGGAGCUCGUCGCCUCCUCUUGUGUUUCUUUGGUGUCUAGCGCGGGGCUGUACCGUGUGGCUUUAGGGAUGCGGUGGUGGUGGUGGUGGUGUGUUUUCAGGCCGUGGUCCCUGUUUGCGCCCGGGUGCGUGAGGGAUGCGGGGUGGGAGUCAGGCUUUGUGCUUCCACACAGAUGCAGUACGUGCCCUUAUGGUGAUGCAGCCCCUGCAGCAGGGUGAGUGCCCAGCCCUGGCCACAUCCCUCUGUGCACGUGUCGUGCGAGUUAUGCUGCCCAGGAAGCCGAUGGUGGCCGUACCAGAAAUGGUAUGGCCAGGCCUCACCAGUGGUAGAGUAUCAAACAGCAAGAAAUGCUGCGAGUGCAUUUUCUAAAUGACUGUGAAACAAAAUUGCACAAUUAUCUUUUUCUGGGUCUGUGUGUAACCAUAUAUAGUCAUUAAGUUUAGCAAUUCACGUUUAUUCAGUCUGAAGACUCGGUUUCACUCUUCCUGGUACGUCGUCGUUUUUAUUCAGGGAGUUAUUCUGAAUUUCUUCAAAUGUGCCCUAUCGGUUUGUUCUAAGUGGAUGGUGCAUUUUCUCAGCAGACUGAUUACUGCUCUGCAUCUUUCCGUGGCAUCUUAUGAUUAAAAUAAGCCCAUGAAAGCAUCAGUGUAGGUUUCACGCUACUUUCCUCACAUAAGGUUCAGUUCUGUAAACAGUGGAAGGAAUGUCUCUGUCAUAGCCUACAGCUCCUGACAGGGAGUGGAGAGGCAACGCUGAGCUCUGCUCUCUGGUGACAGCAACAGGACCUGAGGGAACAGCAUGGAGCUGCAUCAGAGGGGGGUCAGAUUAGUAUCAGGGAAAGGUUCUGCACCAGAGGGCAGUGGGCAUGGAACAGGCUGCCCAGGGCAGUGGGCAUGGCCCCAAGUGUCGGAGUUCAAGGAGCAUACACACUCUCAUUCCUGGUCCGAUUUUUGAGUGGUGUUGUGUAGAACCAGGGGUUGGACUCAGUGAUCCUUGUGGGUCCCUUUCAGCUUGAGAUAUUCUGUGAUUUUCUUUGUUUGCAAGCUGAAGAUGAAGUAUAGCAGGGGAUGGUGCACUGCACUGGGACUUGGAAGUCUCUCUUCGUUCUCGCUGAUCUCCUGAGUGAUUUUGGGGCAUUUAUUUUAAGUCAGUGCCAGUGUAUCCUUGUCUACGUAAGUUUUCAUACCUGUUCCUCAUCCAAGAUAGGUCUCUCAUAGAGUGCUGUGCUGGACAGCCACUUGUCUUUUUACCGUUUCCUAUGUGCUAAGGGCAAAACAGAACUCCUUACAUUUUGUAUUACUGUUACAGCUGCUUAAUUUAUGUGUGUGUAUAUAUAUGUGUGUAUGUAUACACACACGCACGUGUGUAUAUAUAUAUGUAUGUAUAUAUAUAUAUGUAUAUAUAUAUAUAUAUAAACUUCACUUGGUCAUACUAACUACGGUUGCUGCUGCAGCAAAUGUGGACGUGUUUGAGACGCAGUUCAGUUCCUGGAGAAGCGUGACUCUCCUGCUGUUAUUGAGGCACACGCUGAGAGCCAGGAGCAAAUGGCCCACAGAGCCUGUGGUAGCGAAGUGCUGGUGGCACCAUUGUGUCCCAAAUGGAGAAAGGUGCAGCCCAAGCUUUAUUUCAGAAUGUUGUGUAAUGCUGUGAGAGCCGAGUGCCAUCUCUGCAAUACCAGUGCAAGUGGAAGUUUGCAAUAAAGCAGAUGAAUAUUUUGCUGUAAGACUGGGUCAUUUUUGGUGUGUGAAAUUUAAAAUUCCACAAAUGUGAUUUCUCUCUCUCACAGCAGCUGGUUGCUUCAGCCGUGCUUGUUACGAGGCUGUAGGCUAACAAACGCGAAGUCUCACGGGAGGUUGUUUUACCACAGCUCAGCGCUGUACAAAAUGUAAAACAACGUAUUGCUCUUCUAAGCAGGGGAGUCCAGGAGCAAGAAGAAAGCUGCGAAUGGAGUGCUUUCCUUGGCUUGCUUGCUGCCAGAUGCUACCCAAGUAUUUUAUCCUGCCUGUUACAGCUCUCCAUCAUAUAAUCGAAUGCUAAAGGAUGCACGUUUGUUAGCAGAUUCUUCACUAAGGCUGUUUCGUAUCAUAGCUUUGUAACACCGCAGUCACAAAUAGAGCUGGAAGUAGGGUAGAAAACAGACAGCAGGAGUCUGGAAAUACCAGUCUUUUCAGUACUGGAGCAUUACUAUUGUUAUAUCAAGAUAAUAACGGGGGAUAACUUGGUUUCUUUUCUUGUCUUCACCUAAUUUCUUAUCUAUGGUGUGAACGUGCUUGGUUGUUCUUAAUGCAGCAACUACUCCAGGUCACAAUGUCAUUGUUUUUCCCCCUACGUAUAUAUGUAAAAAAGACAGACUAUUUGCUGUUGAACAGGGAGGCUAUUUCAAUGCUUACAUGCUAAAAGGAGAUUUUUGAAAAUGAGAGGCAAAUAACCAAGAUAAUCAUACCCAUAGAGACUUUUUUUGUCUCAAUACCUGGCUAUGAUUCACUGAGACUAUGAUGACUUUCUCCUGAUGUAUUGGAAGAGGAAUACAUUUUUUUCUGUACCACUCAACUUUAAUUUAUAUUGUACUUGGGAGCCCUUUGAAUUCCAUGCGUUUUGUUUUGGGUACAGAGGGAAUGCGGAAAUCUGGCUAUACUUCAUAUCCUGCUUAGCUUUUUUGAGGCAGCAUAGCAAACAGAACAACAGAAAAGGGUAUUAUAAUACUACUGAAAAAAGUGAAUUCCAAGUCUCUUAUAUUCAAAAGAAACAGGUUUAUAAGGCAUAAAUUGGAGCUUCAUACAUAUUUAACAUGCCUAGAGAAUGAAGAAAUGCAAAUACAUGUGUUAUUUUGUAUGGUUUCAUAGAAUCACUAAGGUUGGAAAAGACCACUAAGAUCACCUAGUCCAACCAUCAGCCCGUCCUCGCCAUGCCCUCUAACCAUGUCCUUCAUUGCCACAUCCACAUGAUUCUUGAACACCUCCAGGGACGGUGACUCCACCACCUCCCUGGGCAGCCUGUGCCACUGCUUCACCACUCUGAGAAGAAUUUUUUCCAAAUAUCCAACUUCUCUGGUGCAACUUGAGGCCAUUCUCUCUCAUCCUGUUGCUGUUACCUGGGAGAAAAGGCUGACCCCCAACUCACUACAGCCUCCUUUUGGGUGGUUGUAGAAAGUGAUAACAUCUCCCCUGAGCCUCCUGUUCUCCAGACUAAAGAACUUUAUAGCUCAAGAACUGCCAGAUCUGUAUGUCAUCACAUAGUUCAUGUGUUCUGGCCCACUUGGGUGUCUUUGGGUCAUGACACCAGUAAUGUCAGCAGUAGAGCUACCCUGUUAAUUUUUUCAGUUUUCUUUUAAGUUGUUGUUUUCAGUAGCUUAUUUCUUAGUCAUACUGAAAUUUGCCAUUAUGAGUAUGUUUGGGUAGAGUUAUUCCAGAAAGUUUAGGCUAAAAUGACUCUGCAUUUUGAAAAAAAGACAUUAGGAGAAAGUAAAUACGUUAAUGAAAACAGGAGGGAAAGUGCUUUUUUGGCUUAUUUAAGAGCAGCUCAGCACUUGGGUUCUGGAACUUAGCAUAGCAGAGGAGGGGGAAGAGGAGCGGACACAUUGACAUAGCACGUAUGGCUGCACCUAGAGAAGCUUUCAGUGAAUAACAAGCUCUUGAAAAGCUGGAUCAAGUAUAUUACUUGGCAAAUGUUUACUAAAUUGCUUUGAUAUUCCACAUAACUUGGAGUAUCACAUGGUCUGUUGGUCGCUGCAUGUCACCUGACUGUGCAGUCAUCAUCUGGACCAAGCAAUUAAGCAUGAUGCCUUCUGCAGCGGUAGGCAAUGGGUAAGUUUAAUCCUAUGUAGCCUUUCUAAUCUGUGCUUCUUCUCCAACCCCAGAGUGCACAGAUGCAGUGGUACUGAUGGAGGGGUGGUCUUCAGGGAGGGUGGGGAGCAGAGACUCAAGCCUGGUGGGAGUGCAGUAAGCCCAGGAGCCUGAAGAAAUUACAAAUUGUCAUAGCUGGAGGGGAUGAGAAGUCAAGAGGUGAGGAAGAGAAGUGAACAGGGGUGGCAGGUGGCUGGGGAGUGCGAAGCAUGUGGAUGGGAGAGCCAGGUUGCUUGUGUUCAGCCAGAUGUUGGAGUUAGAAAAGGUGGUGGAAAACUUGCUGGCCAGUUGCAGCUGGGUUUGGCAGGUACAGACUGGGAUUUUGCGUCACUUUAGUUUAUUCAACUGGUCUAAGUCAAUGUUUCAUUGAAGGGCUCUGAAGUCUAUUGAAAACCAUAAUUAACUGAGAGAGCGGUGAGGUGCUGGAACGGGCUGCCCAGAGAGAUUGUGGAUGCUCUGUUCCUGGAAGUGUUUAAGGCCAGGUUGGAUGGGACUGUGGGCAGUCUGACCUAGUACUUGACCUAGUGGCUGGCUGCUUGUGGCAGGGGGGUUGGGACUUGAUGAUCCUCGAGGUCCCUUCCAACCCAGGCCAUUCUAUGAUUGGAUGAUUUCUGAUAUCAUCGAGGACAUAAAAAUAAAACCAUUGAUACUGGAACAUUUUAAUCUUGAUGAAGCGUUUAAAUACUCAAAAAUGUAUAAAGGGUUUUUUCCUUACAUAUUCAACAUCUUAAGUCCAUUUUAAUUGCAGUUAUUCGUUAAAUAAAACUCAUCAUCUUCCUUCAAUUGUACAUCAGUAUUGUUAAGAUUUGUCUGUCAUAGAAUCAUGAGAAACUUUUAACAAUUUUGUGAUAAGAAUGUUAGAAAAAUUCCAUGCUUAUGAAGUGACAUCCUGCAUAAAUGUCUUGCUAACAUUGUAAAGAAUAUUUAAUAGAAAUAAAGGCGUAGUAAGAUUGGUGCUUAUUUUGUGUCGUCUUUAUGAAAAUAACUAUAAACACAAAACAUGAUUAAUUUCAGUCACUGGGUGCUGAUAGAAAUCAUGGUUCAAAUAGAGCUUGCCAAUGCUUUGGUUUAAUUUAAAGAUGCUGAAAUGAGCUUCUCCAUAAGUAAGAGAUCCACGACAAGCUUGUGGGGAUAUUCCAGAAGCCGCAGUGGCAGAGAUACAGAGCUGAGUGUAGCGCAUGGGCAGAGGUGGUGGUCGUCCGCACAGGGAGUGCUGGGGAAGUAGGGAGGGUGGGCUUCUGCUUUUUUAAUAAAAUUUUGUUUGAAAAAGUCAUUAGGUAUUAUUAGGUAGGAAAGCUGUAUCAGAAUCCGUUCCAGCUGUAUAACUGCUGAUGCACACCCUCUGGUCUUCAAGGGUUUUUUGGUGGUCUUUCUACUGUGGUCCUCUUAACACUGUGGCAUCAAGUCAGAUCCUAUGCUAUCAUUUUGGUAGUAGGAAGUCUAAAAUGUUAUGAUGACAGCAUAUUGGGUAAAUCUGGAAGGGAAAAAUAAUUCUUCUCUGUCCUGUGAUAAGUAGACACGUGUGAGGGAUUCACGUGCUAGGACACACAAGCAAGGACCGCAGAAGUCCUUCAGUUUGCAAUGUUAAGAAGUAAAAAUAGCAAAAGUCAUCCUUUACUGUGUGGGCACUGGGAAUGAAUGAGAGAGAGUGAUGGGAAAUAUUUUUGCUUCCUUAUGGUCUAAUCACUUGGGAUUCUUGGAGCAAUUAGAGAAGGACGGUUUCCUUUCACUCACAUUUUGUUUUCCUUUUAUCAAAAUUUCUUUCUAGUCCCCAUAAUUCCUUUCUACUACUUUAUGGAGCUAAUAAAGCAGUAUCAAAUUGCAGUGUGAAAUGGGCAGGAGAAACUGAGAUGCUGCAGGAAUUUUCUUGAACUGGAGAACCUUUUAACAGUUGGAAGAAUGAGGUUUUCAUGCCUGUGAGGAUUACCUUCUGCAGUGCCAAGAGCUACCUGCAGCCAGGAUACCUAGCAUACUGAAGUGACAUUUUAUGACUAGAUUGGAAGAGAAAUCUUUCUUGUUGUUAAGAAGCACUACAGUAAAUAGGCAAUUACACAAACCAUGAACAUGAAACGUGAUUUUGCUUGCAUCUCCAGAAAUGUGCUGGUGCAAACCCAAAGGGUGUAGGCAGAAUUAAGGAGCCAAAGUUCUUAACAAGACCCUUCUGCUUUCAUUGUUGUGCCUUGAGAAAUGUGUAUUUCCUUAUGCGUCCGUAGUAUCUAUUUUAUCAGUUAUUGUGUAUGCAAUUGCAGCUUGUAAAGUGGCACCAUUUUAUAUAUGUACAAUACUUUUUCAUAUUUAGUACCUGCAAAUAGGAGAAUUUCCAGAAUCUUUUUAAAAUACAGAAAGCAGUUUGCUCAGUGAGUGUGUAUUGCUAAAGGGCACAAAUCUUUUCAUGAGGCAGUUUGUUGUUCACGAUACUGUGGGACAUUGUGUGGUGAUGCUUGGAAGAUAAAGCCUCUGGUGCAAAUAUGUUGUAUGCCUUGUUAUCAAAGGGAGUGAUAUGAAAAAAGGAUACUAUGGAGAAUUAAUGGGACAACAAAGUAGUACAUAUAGCAUUGAAGAUGUCUUGCUGAAUAAAGUCCGUGUUAUACAGAAUUGUAGAAUCAUUAAGGUUGGAAGCGACCACCGAGAUCAUCUAGUCCAAAUGUCGACUCAUCACCACCAGUAUAUGCAUUCAAGAUCCAACAUGCAAAUAAAGGUUAAAGAUAGGUUAAAGCCUGGAUUUCUGAAAAAAAAAUCACCCUUAGCAAUGGAUUUUAAUUUAAUUUUCAGUUUCUUAAAGGUGCACUCUUUUUUAAAUUUCAUCUCAUCUUCAUCAAGAUUAAUAUAUAAAUCACUUUAUUUAAUCACCAAACAAUAAAGGGAAAAAAGUGCCACAAAGUAAAUCUCAUUUUACUGCUGCAGAAAAUUGGUUUUGUGGCUUUUUUUAGGGCUCUUCUCCCAAAGAAAUUGACAGUGUAGCCGUUGUGUAAUAACUGUUGAGCUGUAUUUGUGUAGUGUAACUCCCCGAGGCAAGUACUAUACUCCUGAACAGGAACAUAAUCUUUCUAAAAGUAUAAUAUUUCUAAAUAAUGACUAUACUUUGUAAGUAGAGGAAAUGAAAGUCACCUCGCUGCUGAGUAAGGACUGUAUUCGCACUGAGUGCAUUUUUAAUAAACUUGUGUGCAUCAGCUUCACAUUGAUUUGUUUGUCUUAAUUUUACUAAACAUCUCUUUGUAGGCAGCUUGAUGGAGAUAAAUAACCACUGCGGCAAAGGUAGAACGAACCCCUGCUGGCGAGUUGUCAUAUGUACUCUAUGUUUUACUUCGUUAUUUUUAUUUGAAUCUAUAAUAACAUAAAUGUAUCUUGCUCUUAAUGUAUGCUAAUAUUUGUAGAUGUGAAUGUAUGCACAGGUCUUUGUUUCUUACUGUCUGGCAUGCAAAGUGAGAGUGGCUGAACUCAGGGUUCCUUUAUGCUUGAAUGAACAAGGUUGUAUUUUACUUCAUAAUAAAAACCUAAGCCUUUAAGUGACAAAGCAAGUGGCUAUUUGUUCUGGUUUCACAGUUAACUGUCUUCUUUAUGUUGAUAACAUGAUUUUAAAGCUUUUCUGCAAGAAGAAUAAAAGGGAAGAAACAAAUGGACAACAGUAAUUCAAAGUGUAGGCUCCACGGUGCCUUGGUGUUGUCUCCAUCCUUUAACAGGUGUAGCUGCUCCCUGUUUUUGCCUUCCGAGGCAUGUGGGAGGACAAAACAUGCAAGCUCAGACCUCUUAUCAUUUUCUUCUCUGCUAUAUUUUAGGGUAGGCUCUGUAGUUGUAAUUGCUCUCUGGCUCCUCUGCCCAACCUUUUCCUCUGUGGCGUCUUUCACCUGGCCCUGCAUUUCUUCAGUACUUUCUUCAUUCUGCUCUCGAUAUCUCAUACACGAGGUCUUGCAGCUUGCCCAUUUCUCCAGUUUCAGGGAAUGCUGGGAAAGCAAGGGCUACUUUCUUCUUCAUGCAUCAUAUUUUUUUGAGUGAUCAGAUCUGUCAGCUGUGAUGCUAUGGGUUCUUUGCAGCUGUUUCUGAAUGGAAGGAACAGGCUCUUCAGAUUUGUGAUGGUGAAGUAGACCUUUUAGACAUAAAAAACGGAUGAUCCCCGUUUAUUUGGCAGUGACCCACGUUCAGAAGAUUCUGCAAGGAGUGGGAAGUCCUUCUUUGAAAAUAGCUCAGUAAGCUGAGGAAAGUGGAAAAAAGAGGAGUACCAAAAUUAUAGAAGGUUACUGUCGUGCACCUGGUACAUCAGUGGAACUUACUCCGCUGGAAUGAGAUAAUGGUGUCCUCAGCCCACUGAAGGAGAAGGAAUAUUUGUUUGUACUGAUGAUGAUUUGAUGCAAUUAUCAUUUUCUUAACCAUGAUGGCAACACAGACAUUAAGUAUAGACAACUAUCAAGAUGGACAACCGAUGCAAGUAGUAACAGAGUUAAAAACUGAACAAGAUCCAAACUGCUCUGAAACUGAUGCAGAAGGGGUGAGUCCUGCCCCUGUAGAAUCUCAAACUCCAAUGGAUGCAGACAAGCAGGCCAUUUACAGGCACCCACUAUUUCCCUUGUUAGCACUAUUAUUUGAAAAAUGUGAACAAUCUACACAAGGAUCAGAAGGCACAACUUCUGCAAGUUUUGAUGUAGAUAUUGAAAAUUUUGUAAGGAAGCAGGAAAAAGAAGGAAAACCCUUUUUCUGUGAAGAUCCAGAAACUGAUAAUCUGAUGGUAAAAGCAAUCCAAGUUCUACGUAUCCAUCUGCUUGAGCUAGAAAAGGUUAAUGAACUCUGCAAGGACUUCUGUAGUCGCUACAUUGCCUGCCUGAAGACAAAAAUGAACAGUGAAACUCUAUUAAGUGGAGAACCUGGAAGUCCUUAUUCACCCGUGCAAUCUCAGCAAAUUCCAAGUGCCAUUGCAGGCACGCUCAGUCCCCAAGGGAUUAUGGUGCCAGCAUCAGCAUUGCAGCAGGGAAAUGUAACUAUGGCAACAGUAGCAGGGGGGACAGUGUAUCAGCCUGUUACUGUGGUCACUCCACAAGGUCAAGUGGUGACGCAAGCAUUGUCACCUGGGACUAUUCGGAUCCAGAAUUCUCAGCUUCAGUUGCAAUUAAACCAAGAUCUGGGCAUCUUGCAUCAAGAUGAUGGCUCAUCAAAAAAUAAAAGAGGAGUUCUUCCCAAGCACGCUACAAAUGUGAUGAGAUCUUGGCUAUUUCAGCACAUAGGGCAUCCAUAUCCAACAGAGGAUGAGAAGAAACAGAUUGCAGCACAAACAAAUCUUACGCUACUCCAGGUGAACAACUGGUUUAUCAAUGCUAGAAGACGAAUUCUUCAGCCAAUGCUGGAUUCCAGUUGUUCUGAAACUCCAAAAACAAAGAAGAAAACAGCUCAGAACAGACCGGUUCAGAGGUUCUGGCCUGACUCCAUUGCAUCAGGAGUUGCUCAGCAGCAAUCUAAUGAGCUCACAAUGUCAGAUGGUGCUGUUGUAACAAUUACAGCUCCGGUCAACAUGAAUGUAGACAGUCUCCAGUCCUUGUCAUCCGAUGGUGCGACAUUGGCCGUUCAGCAAGUUAUGAUGGCGGGGCAAAGUGAGGAUGAGUCUGUAGACAGCGGUGAGGACGAUGGAGGAGACCUCUCAACGACAAAUAUCAGUGGGCUGGUUUUGGAUAACAGCGAUUCUCUGCAGUAGGAAGCAUGAGAGUGUGACACAACGUUUAGGAAAAAGAACGGACUGACUGACUGUUUUUAUAGUUUGCACAGCAAACAUUUUACACAAGUUUUAUUUCUAAUAUGUUUUAUAUGUAGAUAUAGAAGGGUGCACUUUUUUGUAUUUCAUAGUAAGCUUAAAGAGUGUUUUUGCAGGUGCAGCAACUUCUUUCAAAUGUGGUUUUUUUUUCAUUUCAUUUUCUUAUUUCAGAAAAUUUUAUCUAGUAAUAUAAAGAACCACGUAAGCACCCCUUUAUUCUCUGAAUUGGAAGUGCUGCCAUUUCUAAAGAAUUAUGCAGUUUCAAUUAGUGCUGUUAUGUAACACAGCUCUUGAUGGGCUGGUGAUGUAAAUUUAAAGCAUGUGAGGAACUUGAUCAUUAAGUUUGAUGCGUAUAUUUGAAAGAUGCUUCUGCACCUUAAAAACUGCUAGUCUGAGGUGGACAGCAACACACAUAUAAAAAAGAAAACGGUGAUGUGUGAUUCAGUAGCGAAUGUAUGGCAACUUAAAUAAGUUUAGUUUCUCUCAUAGUCCAUGAGCCUGUUUAUCAUUUGCUAUAAAAACUCCUAUUUUUACCUUACCGGGAUUAUUGGAUAAAAAAUAUUUUUAUAAAUUCAUUAGGAAUUGGGAUGACGACUGUAUUAUGCAGGAGUUUAAAAAAAAAAAAAAAAAAUUUCCAGAGGGGAAAAAUAAAUGUUUAGUAUUCCUAUUUGGAAGGUCUGAAAACUGACCAAAUUUAAUAAACAAGCCUACACUAGCACUCUAUGAUUCUCAGCUAUCCCGCAGUGAUAUAGUAUAUUUGAUAAUAGCAUAAGAAGGACCCACUGUUUGAUGGGGUUUUGAUAUUGUCCAACGUUGAUUUAUAUUAUGUGUAAUAUUCAAAUUACAUUAACUCUGCGUCUAGACUUGUAUCUGAAGAUAUUUGCUAAAUGAGUAUUCAGGUAAGUAAAUUCAAAUACCCACAACACUUCCAGUUAUUAGAGAAAUUUAAGAGUUUAUGGUUUGUAGAUCUGAUUCAGAAAACUUAAAAGUUGUGUACUGUACCAUCAUGAAUUUUGCUAUCACUCCAUUGCAUUCAGAAUAUUUUCCCCCACUACAGAAAAGAAAUAACUUACGGAUUUAUAUAAAAUUUCUUCAAAUCUGAAGGUCACUACUGGAGUAUACAGCAGGCUUUUUUAGAGUAGAAAAUCCUUGUGUGUCAUUUAAAAACAAAGUACUAGUGAUGGAAAAUAUGUUUUGUGGUAACAAUUAAUUUCAUCCCCUCGCUUCCCCCCCCCGUCUCCCCCACAAAGUUUGGAGUAUCUGUUUAACCAUGAACACUUACUUUUGGAACUUUGUAUUUCAAAUAACAGACUCCAAGAGUCACAGUAUGAUCGAUGUUCUCUUUUUAGCCCCAUCCCUUUGUCCCUGUGUUGGGUUAGAUCAAAGCCAGAAAUCUCUUCUCAUUAAGACCAAAUUGAGUUGCAUUUCUAACAUCACAGGGAAAGGGAUGUUAGCUUGCAGAAUCUUCAAACUUCAUGUUUGAGCAGAACUCUCUGCAAAUAUUUGAGUACUUAAUUUCUGCUUUCCAAAACACUCAGGCAUGUGCUUUAGUUCCCGUUGAUUUCAGUGGGAUUAAAGUAUGUACUUUUUGAUAUGCUUAAAUACUUGGAAGCAGCUCUUUUAAAGACUGCAUUACAAGGCAAGUUUAAAUUGGCAUGAGGAAAAAUUUCAGAAAGAAAUGCCAGGAACGCUGGUAACAUACAUGUAUAUUAAUACUAGUUUGAAGUGAUUGGUAGCUGUUUUGAAAAACUGGUGUUGGGACUUACUCAACACUAGUGAUGUUUCUGCAAUAGCUUUCAUUUAUUCCUGGCUGAGCAUUUUGCUUCCAAGUUCAAAUCCCAUAAUGAUCUGCUGCAGCUGGAGUGAUACCUUCUAAACAAUUUUGUUUUUCUUAAGUUCUCUGCUUUGUGGCACACGCACCGUAUUUGUUAAAGGGCAUAGCAAAUGACUGAUGAAAGAUUUAAUUAGGAAGUCUUUGACAUAGCAUGACUAUCCCAAAAGCUAUUGUCAAAACCAUUUGAAUCCGAAAAUAUUUUAAAGACUGCUAUCAUGUACAAAUCAUGCUCCUCUGGAAGCAUUCAACCUACUGCUCCUAUAGAGGACACCAGAGAUAACUAGAACCUAGAGACACGUUCUGUUGUUCUUGGUUGUCUUUAACUCCUUAGCACUUCCCGUUAUGUAAUUGGCUAUGCUUUUGAUUUCUCUGGGGGGAUUAUUCAGCUACCCUUGUUCAUAUUUAAUAGCUGCUCAAAUCUUUGUACUUGUAGCAUGUAGGCAGAUGAAUAAUGACUUCUCAGUGCAUACAGGGCCAUGGUAAAAUCUGUUUUUCCAAAUUGGCCUAGAAGGAAAUUUGCGCUAGAAGAACAAACCAUUUCUUGCUGUCUUCUUCCCCUCCAUGCCAGGUUGUUGCUGCCCCGGGUCUACCAGCAGAGCUUUCCCCACCAGCUUCAAGGCAGGCGAGGAAACAGCACAGCAGCGGACCUGGGAGGGCAGUGAUUAGCCAGCAGCGAAAGGAAGGGUGAACUAGAACAGGCAGAACUAAGCUCUUUUUUUCCUAUUUUUUUCUAUUGUUUAAGACUAUUAAAAUGAUUUAGUGUCUGUACAGCUGGCUGGAAUAUGUACAGUUUAUCUGCCAUUUUGAACCCAGAUGAAAACAGGCAUCGGAGCUUGCAACCUUCUGAAAGGUAUUUUUUCAGAAAGAAAAUGCUACCAGCUUGGCUUCUCCAUUCCUCUCUCCUCCCACACACCUUACUCCUUGCAGUUUUUCUCCUGAGAGUAUUGUGACCUUCUCUUUGUAUAAAUACCCGGAAAGUGAAACUGACAGAAGCCCCUAUGAAAGGGAGAACAUGAAAUAGUUCUAUUGUCACAUUAGAAACAGUUAAUUAAGUUAUUAAAACAAAAAAAGGUUUACCAAUAUGAUCAAAGGUAUUACUGAACAUAUGGAACUGGAACUCUGUUUUUUCAUUUGAUGAGAAUUCUGUAGUAGGUACGAGCUGCAUAGAAGUGUGUGGAUUUUUGUUGUUUUUGUUUCGUUUUUGUUUUUUCACAAUUUAGGGGGGGGAAAAAAAGAAGUGGUGUUCUUCCUUUUUUUGCUGUGUAAGAUUGCUGGUUUAAACAAAGCAUCGCUAUUCAGGAAAAGUGUAUGUUUACAUUAGACAGUUAUUUACAAAGUCUUUAUAGGGAACCUAACAUUAAACCCAUGUAUAAUUACCCCCAGACCCCAGUUUGUAGGCAACAGAAGAGCUCACUUGUUUUUUUUAAAAUCACUGUUAUUCUUCUGAAAUCAUGAUUAUUGAAACUUUUAAUCUUUUCCGAUGUAAUGUAGAUCAUGAACGCAAAACAAGAGUUUUUAGUCCACUUGUCCCAAGACUUCCGUCAUAAGCAAACAGAUUUCCUGUUACUCUUCAACUUUAGAAACACUGCAUUUGGUAAAUGAAUUCAAAUUGGUCAGUGUAUAUUUUUUAAAUGACUGUUCCAAAAACAAAAAUAAUCAUCAUACUGGAAAACAUUCAGAUCCAUACGCAUGGCUCUGGCUCUGCAGAGACUUUCCUAGAUCUGGGUGUUGGGUUGUAGUGGAGUCCUGCUGACCUCAGGGAAGCUCCAUAAGGGCUGUGUGUUGGGCUGCAUUUGCCUGCGUAAGAAUUGCUUCCCUUUAAUGGUCCCUGAUCACGAUUUGAAACCUCUUGGAGAACCUUCCAACCUUCUGCUGCAUGACGAGGUUUCCUCCCAGUGGAAACCAGUGCAUGGGUGAAGGGAUUGGAAGGGAAGAAUUUCAUGUGGACCUGGUGUGUGCAGCAUAUUGUUUUCAUGUCAGAAUAUGGCCAGAAGACAGACCUGCCGUGAAGGGCUAGAGGUCCCAUUUCCGAUACUGUAAAAGUAGUUUCAGGUUUACGGACCUUCUUCUGGUGUAGAGACCUAAUGUGUGAAUAAUCGAUCGAUUUGUUUCUCUAAUCAUGUGGAAAAAGAAUUAGAAGGCAGUUCAGCUUCCUGACUUUAUGAACUUGACAGCCCAAAAGGGUGCAACAAAGUCUUUCCAAGGGAUGAUAGUUUCUUAAAACUAUUAGAGUUGUAGCAGUUAACAAGAAAAUAAAAUAAUGUAUUUUGAAAAACGGAAACACAUGCAUUUAACUGUAAUUAAAGUUGAUUUAAGAUUUAUUUUCCGAAGCAGAGUUGUCUUGGGGAAAAAGUGAAUAAGCAUUUGUCUAUGCAAGACAUGAAUGUCAAAAACACGUUGUGUGGCUCUUCCAUUUUUAGGUGCUAUAUUGUUGUUGUCUUCUGGCUUCUGUUAACUUCGAUUUAUCUUUUAAACCUUUCAGCCUUAUAUUCAGCUUGGUUUUGAGGGUUGAAUACGCAAAAAAUGUAGUUCUGGAAUCCUGUUGGAAAUGUAACUAAAUUUCAUUCUCUCAUGAAAAUCUCGCAUGUUGAACAAUUAAGUGAAAUGUUUUGGUUUCCUAAGAAUAAAUUCAAACUGUCACCGCCUCCUAAGGACAGAGCAUAUCCAUGACAAUGCAAGUUGAACUGUAGUAUGCAAAUAAUGAAGUCAUCGGCCUUGUGGUGAGUACCCUCAACUCUUUGCUUGGCACAGCUGGAGGAGAGCAGUCAGCUUUGCCAGAUUCACUCCCAGCCUGGAUUCCACACACGCCCUUCUUGGCUUGCUGAGCUCUUUCAAAUAGGUUCUGGGUUGUUUAAAUCCUGAAGUAACUUGAUCGUCCAGUGUAACACAUAGUGAAUUUGGCACUAAAGUGCUCUUAAGAGGUUGCCCAAAUCAUGUUAUUUGUUCAUUCUUGUCACAUGGAGAUAUAAAAUGGUUUGUUUGUUCAUUUUUCUGUGACAUGGUUAUUUAGGACCUGCUGAGUGAUCACAGCUGUUUUUGGCGGAGAAAAGCAACGUGCAAGAAAAUGGUGAAAUGCUUAUCAACCUCAGUAUCAACCUUGUCAACUACUACAAAGAUAUGUACUUUGUGUUAAUUGAAUCAUGUGUUCAGACCUUGACAGUAGUGGCCAGUAAAGCUGCCACUGAGUUACCAACAUUUGGUCUAUACAACUGACAGUCUUUAAAAUGUGGACCUGUAACUUUUUUUUUUUCCCCCCUUCCUUGUUAAGCAAUUUUUGAAGCAACCCAUCCAUUAGAGGAUAGUUAAAAAUCGGAAUGUGCUUCAUGGACAACUUAUUUUUAGUCUGCUGCUCUCUGUGAACUGAAAAAGCACAUCUUUAAAGCAAAACGCUCGCAUUACUUCAGCAGUAUUGUUUGGCUGCAAGACAUGUUUUUUUUCUGAGAAAUCUUGAGCUAAGUCUCAGACUUGUUAACCAUUUUUUGGGCAGAGAUGGACAGUCUUGGGCUUUUGUUUGUUUGGGUUUUCUUGUUUAUGCAACUGAAGAAAAAAAUGUCUACUAGUCCUUAACGGUAUGGGGAUUUUUAUUAUGCUUUUGUAAUGCAGGAGCAGCUUUGAUGAAAGAAAGAAAUAGCAGAUAAAUAGUCCAUAACGUGUGUGACUUUGGGGUUUAUUUUUGUUGUUGUUUCAAAAUCGUUAAUUAAAAUGGCAUGGACAUCAAACUUUCAA